ACAGAUAAUAGAUUAAAUUUAUAGUAGCCUGUACUCUGUAGGUUUAUAAUACAUAUCACAGAUUAAAUGAACAUUUCCUUAUGUAGUCUGUCUCUGUGUACAUAUUUUGGUUAAUUGUUAACAGAUGUUAACACUUAACCCUAUGGAUUUAAAAAAAAGACCCUAUACUUUUAUAGUUUACUAUGCCACCACCUUACCUACAGGGUUCAGGCUCCAAAGGUUAAUACAGAUAUUUAUCUUGGCAGACGCUGGCGGUCAGGCCACGGGCUUAGAAAUCUGUUUAUAACUGUAAAUUCAAGUAAUUUAAUUGACAAAGUACUCUUGUUUGUUACUUCACCACAUUUCACAAAUAUUUAUCCAAGCGGCAAGUUCUCCACUAUACUAAAUCACCGACCACGGACGUCUUAUUAUGUACUAGGACUGUAUCAUCAUUAGGUAUAUCAAACGGCGAACAUAAUGGAAGAAAUUAAAAAAACCAAUAUCCAAUAACACACUGAAGAUCCGUCCCGAAAACGAAUUCGUCAAAAAACCAUCACAUCAUGCUAAAAUUGGACCGGCUAGAUCUGAAUAAAAAAGAAUUGGUUAUGUUAGAAUCUUAUAAUUCACCAUUUGAUUUUACUGUAAAACGUAACACAAUCAAAUUUGAUGCUUUUAUGGAAAAUAUAAAGUGUUCUUUAGAAAAUCGGGAAGUUUUGAAUGUUAAAGAUCUUCAACUUCAAGAGUAUAUUAUAGCAAAGUCAUUAGGCUGUGGUACGAGAGUCACAGUUUAUAGAGUGCAAAUUUUACAUAUAAACUCAAAUUUCAAAGAAUUAGAAGUGUGUUUUAUUGAUAAAAGUAAAAAAAAAAAGUUGCAAGCUUCUGAUUGGAUGUUUUACCGUAUGGAUUUCAGUGACAGUACUUACCCUGUACAUGCACCAUUAAAGUGUGUGCUAUUUGAUUUAUGGCUACCUUAUCCUCGGAUGGGAAAAUAUGAAGAGAUUUCUGUACAUUUUAGAAUCGGUGAAGUAUACUUAUGUGAGACGACUGAAAUUAUGAAUUCGGAAAUACAUAUUGUUAGUAUGUUUACAAUGGUCAAUGAAAAAGACUUGGUCACUUCAAUAUUAGAAUGUGGUAUUGGUCAGCGGUUAUCAGCUAUUAUGAAUGGCAGCACCACUGAAUAUCCAUAUGACUGUGAAUUAUUGAUUGGGCAAACCUUUUUAGCUUAUAUUUCUCCGUUUAAAGAGAAAACAGUUUAUGUUCAACCUGAGCCUUACAGUUUAGAUGUACUCGAACAAGAAAUUGAAGAAUAUGCUAAUAAUGCUCCAGUCAGACUUUCAUCUGAUCAGAUUUAUUGCAUAGCCAAUCAUGACAACAAAUGGUUUAGGGCACUAAUAAAACAUAGAAGCUGCAACUCGGUCACUGUAUUAUUAAUUGAUUAUGGGAAUGAAGUUAAAGUCAGUUUCAAAGAAAUCAAACCAAUCAGUGAUUAUUUAUUAAAAUGUUGUCGUAAAUGUGUGAAAUGUGAAGCUGAUACUGUUUUUGUGCCAAAGAAAAAAACCAUCUAUAUUGUCAAAGCAAUUUCACAGAAGAAUGACGGAUCAUUACUCAUACAUGUAGGAAGUUACAAUGGAAAUCAAUAUUUCCCCCAACCUGUGUUGCGUCAUUUUGAAAAAGUCCUUGUGAGUCAUAUCGAAGAAGACACGGUGUUCAUGCAAAGGGUAGACAGAUUCAACGAAAUUGAACAACUAGUUUGCCGGAUUCCGAACAGUAUAAUGCCCGGUUUGGCCAUACUUGACAUUGGCAGGGUGUGCGUUACCAACGACACUAGAGUAGUUCUUGAACAGUUUUCGUCGGAUCAGGUCAUUUUGCGUGACAUAGAUUAUGGUGUUACAUUGGAACAUCAACAGAAUUCUGAUCUGAAACCGACAAAAAUGUCUAUGUAUCCGGGUUGCGCCAUACAGGCUAAGAUUAAUUCAAUCAUGCCGUAUGUCGGCCAAUAUUGUACAGUUUGGUUUAUGGUAGGCCAUGACGGUAAGGCGAAUGCGUUUUUUCCGGAUCAAGGCCCAUUAUCUUCGAAAUUUGACGACCAGACAUUGCAAGGGCCGAAAAUAUGGCAGGACGAUUGUGAAGCCAUUGUAGCGCACUGCUAUGGUCUAGACUGUUGGCUCGUGACCGAACCUUAUUUUAACAUCAGAAGUACCUUGGCGGAUGCGCUAAACAAAAUGAUUGAUGAUGCUAUGCCGGCGGAACGGCAAGACGGAUGCCUUUGUGGAGCAUACGAUGACGAAGACGGCGUGUGGCGUCGGGCAUUAAUCAGAUAUCGAGAUAGGGCGUUGUGUGUGGACACCGGAAAAGUGUUUGAUGUAACCAAACAGCCCAGGAAAUUAACCAGCUCGUUAGAAUCGACACCUAACUGUGCGACACGGUGCCGGUGGAACGCGUCGUCCACUGUUGACAUCCAAUCCCUAAAGUUGUCGGACGUGGUGACUUGUCAAUUUGUGGACCGCAAACGCGUGCCCGUCGAAGUAGCGUUACAUCCCCGGUCAGUCAAUGGCGACGGCGAAAUAGUUUUUGCGUCGUCUGGGAACGACCAGUUGGGCAAAUCGAGCCCACCCGACAAGCUCAUUAAGAUGAAGAAUAGUAGUCGGAACUCUUUUCUUCCGCCAGCUAAACCAACUAAACCGACCGUGAAUAAAACAUGGACUGUGACUAUGGUGAGCUUCGAUUCACUUGAUAGUUUUUACAUCCAGAAUAAUGAGGAUGAGGUACUCUUGCGAUGGUUUUCCGAUUUCAUAGAAGCAUUGCCUAAGUCAGAUCAAAUUGAUGAUACUUGGUUGUUAGAGGAAGUCGUGGGUGUGUUCAAUGAAGAAACCGGCUUGUGGAGUCGUGCGUUGUGCUCUCGUAUGAUGUGUUCAAGAAUGGAACCAGAAGAAGUCGCUGUUGAUUUUAUUGAUUAUUACAACUUUACGAUCUUGUCAAUAGAUGAACAAUUAGUUAGAGGUUUUAAGAGAUUGCCUGACCGUCUAAAGAAAAUUCCACCUUUGAUCCACGAGUGCUGCUUGAAAGAUUUACAGAGUGAAGACAGCAAUGAACUAUCUAGUCUUAAUUUGAUAAAAUUGUUUGUCAAAUAUUUAAAUACUGAAGUAUUGACAGUCAAAUUCUUCUCUAAGACCAAGCCAUACUCUGUGUCGCUAUCAUGUGGAGGUAAGGACUUGUUGACUAUGGUAAACAAUUUGCUCUGGUACGGGCUGUUACCUGACCGAGACGAUCUGAUCGAGAAAGCCAACCGCGCCGAGUUGAACAAGCGUUCAUUGGAUGGCUCACCGUUGGUGUCCGUCGGUCCAAUCUACUCGUACCAGCUUUUCUACCUGGAAACGGCGUAUGAGGUGGAAAUGAAACGCUCGAUAGAAGAGGAGAUCAGCAAGACUAUAGCAACGGAUCCGGUGCAGGUGCAGAAUCCUACCGUGGGACAGCUAGUGAUUGUCAAAAGUCCUUUGGCUCUUGACGAGAAAUGGUACCGUGCAAGAGUUUUGAACAGAUUUAAAGACAGACCGGGAGAAUAUAGGUGUUUCCUAGUGGACUACGGGACUUAUGAAGUGUGUUCCGACAUAUUCAAGCCCAACGACCGUUUAAAAACUAUGGCGCAGGCUAUUGUACUCUGCUCACUAAAGUUACAAAAACCCAUACAGGAACCGUACGUGGAUAGUGUUAACCUUGGAUUUAUUGACGAAAUGUCCACCAAUGUAAACCCACCGAACACAAUAACAGUGCACUUGUUGACAGAGUCAUUCGCUCAAGUAGCUCUUGUUGACUUGCGCGUCAACAAUUUGAGCAUGUCCACUAUUAUCAGUCCUUUACUGGUCACCGUGCACAAUCCGAGCAGUCUUCAUAUGUUUGUGGCACAGUUGAUCACGCCGGAUCGAGUAAAAGUGGCCAACGUGUUGAACAAUUUAAAAAAGUUUGUGCCAGCCACUAAAGCGAAAAUCGAUCAAAUAUACGUAGCCCAGGUUAGUGGAGGACAGUACAAACGGGUCAAGUACGUAGACGAUAGGUCCCCGUCUGACGGUGGUGGCCAUAAUGUGCAACUUGUGGACGAGGCGAUGGAAUUUGUCAUAGUGAAUAAGCUGUAUGCGGUUCCCAAAAAUAUUGUUAACGCAAAAACUAUGUUUGUUGAUUGUUCGCUGAAUUUGAAUGAGCACAAAUGUUCCUUAACAAAGUUUCAAAAUUUGUGCGACAAUGGUCGGACCAAAUUUACGAUGGUUAUUGUUAAACAUGACUACGACCUAGGCCACCAAGUUGACUUGUACUUCAAUAAGAAUGAUAUCAAAUCCUUAAUAUUGGCGGAUAGUUAGACAUAAUAAUAAUUAUUGGCCCUUUUUUUAUUGUAAUACUAUUCAAUUAAAUUUGCGAUUUUGAGUUUUUCUAACAAAUAUUUUUAUACGCAUUUAGGUACAAUUAUUUUUAUGUGCUUUAUGAAUCUUUAUACGAUUUAUUUUUUAGAACAAUUUUUUUAGUUCAAAUUUUAUAUUAUACUUAAUUUUGCAUGUACCUUAAAAUGUAUUCUUUAUUUUGUUAAUACUUGCUUAUAUAAUAUU